AUGUGGCCAAAGCCAAGUUUCCCGACAACUUCCACGCCUUCGACUUUGCCGCGCUGUCUUUUUGCCGACCAGCUUCGCAUCGUGCAGUUCAACAGCGUCCUAGUCGGUGUCCACGGCGCCGGCAUCAUGCACAACAUGUUUCUCCGGGAGGGCGGCGCCGCGGUCGUUGAGAUCCAGCCUUCAAGCAUGUUUUACGAGGGGUUCCGUCGCAUGGCGCGGAUGAUGGGUCAGACCUAUGUCAGCAACCACGUUGACAUGGUCGGGGCAGAGGAUUGGAGCAAGCGGAGCAAGCGGAGCAAAAGAUAUGUUGGCAAGCGGGAACGGUGGCACUAUGCCGACAUCCGGAUUGAUGAGGACCGAUUCAUUGAGCUGAUUACUCAGGUCGUCGACUCUCUGGUUUAUAAUGAUACAUUAGGUAUGGAUGGGAUGGAUGGACCAUGA